AUGGCCCCGUUCCACUUCGGCGCCCUCGUCUACGACUACCAGGCCAUCGACGUGUUCGGACCAUUCGACCUGCUCAACUCGAGCUCCCAAGCCAUCCUUCAGGCCAUCCGAUUCUACGCGCCGCUCGACGAGGCGACCGUCUCGCGUGCCCCGGAGUUUGUGUUCCACCACAUCGGCCAGACGCUCGACCCCGUGCGCCUGCUCAGCAGCUCCGUGACCAUCGUGCCGACCGCGACCAUCGACGACCCGCCGGCGCUGGACGCGCUACUGAUCGGCGGGCCCAACCCUGCCGGAUUCAAGCUCCCAUCCAAAUAUGCCGAGUUCAUCCGCGCGCACGUCGCAGCCGGGAAGCCACUGUUCACGACGUGCACGGGCGCCGCCGUCGUGGCUGCGACGGGCGUGCUCGACGGCCGCGCCGCCACCAUCAAUCACGUCGAAUACAAUUGGACGAGGGCCGAGUUUCCCAAAGUCAACUGGACGAGGGACCGCAAGUGGGUUGUUGACGGCAAUAUUUGGACCGGCAGCGGCGCCGUGGCCGGCAUGGAUAUGCUGGCCCAUUGGAUCAAGGUGACGUAUGGGUUGGACGUGCUCACCUUGGGGGCCAUGGGGUUGGAUUAUGAGCCCAGGGACAUCGAUGGCGCGUUUGAUACCGUGUUGAAGCAGAGGUAUGAUGAGAGUGGGAAGAGGUUGCCCGCGCAUGUUUUUCCUUGA